UACAUUUAUUUGUCGUUCAAAAUCAACAUACUUCUUUUUAUUUUGAUGAUUAUCGUAUGUGGGAUUCUACUUCACAAAAUGACAGUUUAUUGAAAAUUCGCGAAUCCAUCAAAGCACCCUGUAUACUGCGCAUGAUGCAACACGCCGUAACCAAAGAAAUAUUUUGGAAAGGCAUUCGAUCAUAUGCAAAUAGCAAGAUAUUACCGCGUUAACUAUGAUGAUGAGAAUUGGCAAAGAAUUUCAAAUUAUCUAAACUCUGAUAAUUUUACGAAAAUUCAUGUUCUUAAUCGUGCCCAAAUUAUCGAUGAUGCAUUUCAUUUAGUGAUAGCAGGUCACCUCAACGCCUCUAUAUUCUGGAAUAUCACAUCGUAUUUGGGUCAAGAAGAAGAUUAUAUCGCAUGGUAUCCUAUGUUUAAAGCUUUGGAAUACAUGUUUAGUACUUUUCCAGUGAAAGUAGAAACUGAAAAAUUUGGGGAUAGAAUAGAUAAGCUAAAAUUCAUGUUAAACGAGUUACUUGAAAAAAUCAAAUAUGAAGAAAUUGAUGAUGCAGACGAACUUAGAAUAUGUUUACGACAAGAAGCUGCAAGAUGGGCAUGUUUUUUUGGUCACAUCAUUUGUAUGAGAGAAGCAGAAAAUAAAUUAGAACAACAUCUCCAAGAUCCUAUAAAUUACAGACUUUUGCCAUGGUGGAAGACAUGGACAUAUUGUAGAGGUUUGAUGAUAACUACGAGAUAUGCGAAAACUUUUGGAACAGUGUAUACUAGAGGAUUGAACAAAACUGACAUUAAAUUUUCAGAAUAUUUGGCUUGCAUUGAAGAUACUGAGUUAAUCAAAAUGUAUUUAACAACAAUAGAUAAACAGCGCACUGAUACAAAACAGGAAGAUCAAUUUCUCGUUAACACAUUCUUACAUUUUAUUACGAAGCAUGCGAAAAAUCCAAUUAUAUUGACGUAUAUAUUAAUAAUUUUCACAAAAUAA